ACAAAACAAUAAUUAAAAGCAAAAAAAGAAAAAAGAAAAAAUGGGGAAUAGUUUAAGGUGUUGUUUAGCUUGUGUUCUUCCUUGUGGAGCACUAGAUGUGAUCCGCAUUGUCCAUAUCAAUGGUCAUGUGGAGGAGUUUAGUCGCCAUGUCUUAGCAAGUGAGAUCUUGGAAGCAAACCCUAAUCAUGUCUUGAGCAAACCAUGCACACAACAAGAUGAUCAUCUUGUUCGAAAGAUCUUUGUCGUCUCUCCCGAGUCUGAGCUCAAGCGUGGCCAUAUUUACUUCUUGAUCCCUUCGGCUUUGGUGCCGGAUAAGAAGAAGAAGAAGAAGAACAGGAAGAAGAGUAAUGAAGUGUCUGUCAUAGUAUCCACUCAUCAAGAUGAGUAUUUAAAAGAGACAGUGUUGGAGAAGAAGGUGAGACAUCACCGGAGAAGGAGUGGAAGGGUUGGUGUUUGGAGACCUCAUCUUGAGAGCAUUUCAGAGGAUCUUUGAUUUGAUCCAUUUACUGACAUUUUCGGUAUUUGGCCUUUGUUCUUCUUCUUGUAUUCUUUUUUUCUUUUUUCUUUUUUUUUUAUUUGUAUAUUUGAAGAAUAUAUAGGUUUGUUUAAUUUGUUUGUUUGUUUAUUUUUCUCCUACAAAAAAUGGAAAUGGGUGAAGGUUAAUA